AUGCCGAUAGUACCCCAAGGUGGAAAAGUCCUGGUAUCAGGCGCGAACGGUUACAUCGCUAUGUGGACCGUGAAAAUGCUGCUUGAGCGGGGAUACCGCGUUCGAGGAACGGUCCGUUCGGAAAACAAGGGCAGGUUCCUGAACGACUACUUUGCCAAGCUCGGACAUGGCGACGCAUUUGAGUUCGCAAUUGUCGAAGAUUUCCUUGAGGAUGACGCGUUCGACGAAGUGAUCAAAGACGUGGAUGCUAUUGCUCAUAUGGCAUCCCCAGUCCACUCGAAACCCAGCGACCCAGACGAGAUCUUGAAACCCGCCGUUCGAGGAACAAUUGGCAUACUCAAAAGCGCCUUGAAGAAUGCCUCCAGAGUCAGACGCAUCGUAGUCACGUCUUCCACUGCGACCAUCAUCACUCCGGACCUAACUGCGGCUAGGGUGUUCAGCGAGGAGGACUGGAACGAAGCGUGUCCCAAAGAAGUCAAAGAGCUAGGUGCAAAAGCGCGGGGUGUCUCCAUCUAUCGCGCAUCCAAGGUGCUCGCGGAAAGGGCCGCGUGGGAUUUCUACAAACAGCACAAGUCACAAAUUCAAUGGGAUUUGACUGUUAUAAACCCUCCAUUCGUGUUCGGACCCCCCAUCCACGAUGUCAGAUCGCCCAAGUCCCUGAAUCUCUCCCUCCUGGCGUGGUACCAAAGGCUCGUCUCCGAAUCUCCGGAGGAGAAGGACGAACUCAGCCACUGGUCAUGUGGCUGGGUCGACGUUCGUGACACAGCGUUGGCCCAUGUUAUGGCCCUCGAAAAGGAAGCAGCAGGCGGAGAGAGAAUCAUGACCCCGUCUGGACGAUGCUUUUGGCAGGAGUGGAUAAAUGCAGUGAAUAGCCUGAAACAAAUCCACUCCCUUCACACAAAUUUGUUAUCGGAUGCCCCGAACUUCUUCAUGAGCACGUUAUUCUUGGCUCGUUGGACCAGUCUAAGGAAGAGCGAAUUUUUGGGAUCAAAUUCAAGACUAUGGAGGAGACGGCCAAGGAUACGUUGGAGGACUUCGCGAGGCGCGGGUGGUAGGAAUGCUCUCGUCAAUACCUAUCGUCCGCCUUACAGGACUUGA